UGAUGGGGUGUAAUGUGAUAUGGAGGGGGCGGAGCUCUACAUAACCCGAGUGAGGCUGAGCUUCGGGCUCUGCAGUUCUUUCGCAGCGCCUGAGGAGGAAGAGCAGGAUCAGCUGAACUACAGAAGAAAUAAAAAUAUUCCUGGUUUUCUCCAGAAAUUCAUCACUACCAACAACCAGGAUAAUUAACAAAAAGCAAUGUUAAACUGCUGAAAGAGGUGAAGCACAAGCUGUCCUGAAGAAUUUCCAGAACACGCAGAAAUCGUUUGACACAUUAAACAGACAAAUGAAGCCAAGUCCCGACAUGGAGAAACAUCAGCACUCUGUCAAGAGUUUUACUAAACAGAGUAAUCUCAAAAAUCACCAGCGCAUUCACACAGGAGAGAAACCACAUCACUGCUCAGACUGUGGGAAGAGUUUUACUAAACAGAGUAAUCUCAAAAAACACCAGCGCAUUCACACAGGAGAGAAACCGUAUUGCUGCUCAGACUGUGGGAAGAGUUUUAAUCAACAGAGUAAUCUCAAACUGCACCAGCGCAUUCACACCGGAGAGAAACCGUAUUACUGCUCAGACUGUGGGAAGAGUUUUACUAAACAGAGUACUCUCAAUAAUCACCAGCGCAUUCACACAGGAGAGAAACCGUUUUACUGCUUAGACUGUGGAAAGAGUUUUACUGAACAGAGUACUCUCAAAAUUCACCAGCGCAUUCACACAGGAGAGAAACCGUAUUACUGCUCAGACUGUGGGAAGAGUUUUAAUCAACAGAGUAAUCUCAAACUGCAUCAGCGCAUUCACACCGGAGAGAAACCGUAUUACUGCUCAGACUGUGGGAAGAGUAUUACUAAACAGAGUACUCUCAAUAAUCACCAGCGCAUUCACACCGGAGAGAAACCGUAUUACUGCUCAGACUGUGGGAAGAGUUUUACUAAACAGAGUACUCUCAAUAAUCACCAGCGCAUUCACACCGGAGAGAAACCGUAUUACUGCUCAGACUGUGGGAAGAGUUUUACUACAAAGAGUACUCUCAAUAAUCACCAGCGCAUUCACACAGGAGAGAAACCGUAUCACUGCUCAGACUGUGGGAGGAGUUUUACUCAACAGAGUAAACUCAAAAAACACCAGCACAUUCACACAGGAGAGAAAACUAUCCCAAAUUUGUUCCACUGCAAUAAAAAGCGCAAAUCGUAAAUCUUUCAGACAGAACACCUUAUCCUACACAAAUGUUUCACUUUGUCACUUGGGACACGUUCCACCAGAAACAAACAUGAACUGAAUUUAACAAUGGAUUUUACAGGUUCAGCAAAAUGAAUCUGAUCCAGCGAUGAUGUUUAUUGAAUUUAAUGUUAUGUUUUCUCGCAUGUUUGAUAUUCCAGGACAUUCUUUGUGAGACACAGCUCAGUUUUUAGGGUAGUUACGGUAGGAGUUCAGUUCUGAAGAAGGGAAGGUUGUUUAAGUUCGAGUGAGGGCACUGCCAGUGUUUGCACCAGAUGUUAGGUUAGCAUAAUUUAGUCUUUAAAAUGUAGAUGUUGCUAGGAGUACAGUAGGAUUCUUAGUCUGCAACUAAGCAUUUUGGAUCAAACCUUCAGUGCUUAUGCCUAAAAGGUUUUGAAUGCAUUUAAUCGCUUUUCUAGUAUAUACAGAUUUAUAUAUUUCCAUUAAUUUCCAGUAUCUCUGUUUUUCCUCUGUGGAAGCCGUCCUCAGUUCCCCAAGCUUAGCAUAGCUUACUUUAAUGCUAUCAACUGCCAGGCCACCCAUAUGAAAGGAUAAGGGGAAAACACCACCUGAGGAACUCCAGAGAGAGAGAGUGCUCACAAAAGUGAGACCCAGAGCCACAGAGAGACGACACUGUGCCGGGUACUGCCGUGAUGAAUGAUGAUGAUGAAUCAAAUCGAAACACUGAGAGAUUCAUACCCCUAAUAUUUACUCGUGUGUGUUUCAAUAAAAUUCUUUUAUAUUGCAAGA